UUUAGACUAGCCUAAACGAACGCUCCCGCCACGUCUAAGAGACGUUGAACGAUUUCAUUGUCAUUUCCAAACAAGUAUUAUGGGAGAGAGUUAGUUAUAAUUCUUAAUUGUGUAAUUUAUCGAUCUGUUUAUUUGUUAACGAUGGCGCGUGCCCUUGUAGGUGUAAAGAGAGUUAUCGAUUACGCGGUUAAGAUUCGGGUUAAAUCGGAUAAAACAGGUGUCGUAACCGAUGGCAUCAAGCAUUCGAUGAACCCUUUUGAUGAAAUUGCGAUCGAGGAAGCUGUGCGAAUGAAAGAGAAAAAAUUAGUACAAGAAAUAAUUGCAGUUUCAUGUGGACCAACGCAAUCUCAAGACGUGAUACGAACCGCGCUUGCAAUGGGCGCUGAUAAAGGAAUUCACGUAGAAGUGUCUGGACCAGAAUACGACACUCUACAACCUAUUCAUGUUUCCAAAAUUUUAGCCAAAUUAGCUGUAGAUGAAAAAGCGGAUUUAGUCAUUGUUGGUAAACAAGCUAUAGAUGAUGAUUGCAAUCAAACUGCACAAAUGGUUGCAGGUAUUUUAGAUUGGCCAGCUGGAACAUUCUGUAGUAAAAUUGAAAAUAAUAACGGCGAGCUAACAGUCACACGUGAAAUUGAUGGAGGUUUGGAGGUUGUUAAAAUGAAAACACCAGCAGUUUUAAGUGCCGAUCUUCGGCUUAACGAACCACGGUAUGCUACAUUACCAAACAUUAUGAAAGCUAAGAAAAAACCAAUUAAAAAAGUAACACCAAAGGAUCUUGGUGUUGAUACCACUGCCAGAAUUGAUGUUGUAUCAGUUGAAGAACCACCAGUUAGGCAAGCUGGUGCUAUUCUACCAGAUGUUGAUACUUUAAUUACAAAAUUGAAGGAAGGUGGUCAUGUUUAAUUAUGUCUUGUUGGAUAGCUAAAAGAGAAUAUUUUGAUGCCUUUUGUAUUCGUUAUACCUUUAUUAAACUUUACUGUAUAUAGAACAGUUUUUUUUAUACAUCAUGAGAUGUUGUAUGUUAUAUAUGAAUAAAUUUGUAUUGCAUAAAAUAAA